CGCCCUAUGCUCGUUCAUUAUAUUGCCAACUCCCUCCCUACCCUCCGUCUCACAGACGUAGCACACAUACGACUGCAUCGCAGCGCUGCAGACAGCGAUGGAGGAGCUGCCCGUCAUCUCCCCCUCCUCCUCCUCCCCCCCCACCCUCUCCUUCCACCAGCCGGCUCCCGCCACAGAGCUCCAGCGCCGGCUGCAGUGCCUCCUCCAAGCCCGCCCCGAGUGGUGGGCCUACGCCAUCUUCUGGCGCGCCUCCCCCGACCAUCGCGUCCUCUCCUUCGGCGACGGCCACUUCCGCGGCGCCCGCUGCCCCACCGACCGCCGGCCCCGUGGUUGCUACGCCGCCGAUGAGGCCGGCGCCGAUGCUGUCGAUGAUGCCGAGUGGUUCUACAUCAUGUCGCUCAGCCGGUCGUUCGUGGGGGGCGGGGCGAUCCCCGCGCGGGUCUACGGUUCGCUGGAGCCCCUGUGGCUGACCGGCGCGCAUGCCCUCCAGGCGUGCGGGUGCGACCGGAGCCGCGAGGCCCAGCUCCACGGGAUCCAGACCCUGGCGUGCGUGCCUGUCCCCGGCGGCGUGCUUGAGCUCGGCUCCCCUGACCUCAUCGGCGAUAACUGGGUCCUGGUGCACCAGGCCAAGGCCGUCUUCUCCGAGGGUCCCAACGACGCAUCCCCUACCGCCGGAGCCGCACUGGCGGCCGUCGCAUUCCCUUCGCCUGCGGUGAGGAAGGAAGGCGCCGGCCUCUCGUCGUCGGUCGACUCGGAGCACUCGGACUCGGAGGGCGGUACGACCGUGGAACGCCGCCGGCCCAAGAAGCGGGGGCGCAAGCCCGGGAGCGGCUCCCGCGACUGCACGUCGAACCACGUCGAAGCGGAGCGGCAGCGCCGCGAGAAGCUCAACCACCGCUUCUACGCGCUCCGCUCGGUGGUGCCCAACGUGUCGCGCAUGGACAAGGCGUCGCUGCUGGCCGACGCCGUAACCUACAUCGAGGACCUCAAGGCCAAGGUCGAGAUCCUGGAGGCCGAAGCCAAGAUGGCCAAGAAAGAGACCGCCGCGGACCAAGCCGCCACCUCCAUCACCAACGCCGCCUCGGCGACGACCGGCAGCCCCCCGACCGCCGUGACGGUGGCAAUCGAGAUGGAGGUGAAGCUCCUCGGAAAUGACGCGCUAAUAAGGGUGCAGUCGGAGGACCAGAACCACCCACCGGCGAAGCUGAUGUGCGCGCUGCGCGAUCUGGAGCUCAGCGUGCACCACGCGAGCGUGUCGACCCUCAAGGACGUGGUGCUGCAGGACGUGGUGGUGAAGGUGCCGACCGAGCUGCAAGUGGAGGACACCCUCAGGGCUGCCCUCCUCGCCAUCCUACACAAGAGCUGAGCUGCUAAUCACACCACACCGUACUUCGUUCCUGUUAAUAAUCUGGGUGUAUCACGUUUGGCCUCUCCCUGUCAGAAUAAGCCAUCGGCAUCAUCAAUGCAUCAACUUUCUUCCCCAAA